CAGAAAACAAAUUUAAUUUAAAACAAAUAAGUGAAUUGUGCAAACCAAUAACUAUCAGAUUUAUAUAGAGAGGAGCCUACAAAUAAUAUGGUCAAUCCUUCUCAGACCACUGUACGAUAAACUAUUGAGUAUUUGGUCUUGUUAUUCUUAUUCUAAUAUAAUUUUAGUUGAUUAUGUCUAAUUCUCACAAAGAAAGUACUAAUUCUGUAAAUGUUAAUGGUAGUAAUGUUGUGUAUGAUGUUGCUGAAGGCUCUGUUGGCUAUGAAAAACGAAAAAAUAGGGGCGCAACAUCAUCGGGGUUAACUCACGAAUGUGGAGUUUUUGGGGCCAUAGGCACUGGCGAUUGGCCCACGCAACUAGAUAUAGCACAGAUAAUAGCAUGGGGUUUGGUUGCUUUACAACACAGAGGUCAGGAAUCGGCAGGCAUAGUUACAAGCGAAGGAAUCUCAUCCAGACACUUCAACGUGGUCAAGGGUAUGGGCUUAGUUAAUAAUAUAUUCACGGACGAUUCAGUGAGGAGAUUGCGUGGCAGCUUGGGCAUUGGCCAUACCAGAUAUUCUACGUCGGCAGCUUCGGAGGAAGUCAACUGUCAGCCCUUUGUAGUUCAUACUUGUCACGGAGUACUGGCAGUGGCCCACAAUGGAGAACUUGUCAAUUGCGACAGUCUAAGAAGACAGGUAUUGGAACAUGGAGUAGGCCUUUCCACUCACUCAGACAGCGAGCUCAUAACCCAAGCAUUGUGUUUGAACCCUCCGGAAGGUGAACCAAACGGUGAACCCGACUGGCCUGCCAGGAUAAGGCAUUUCAUGCAGCUAGCUCCUCUCAGUUACUCCUUGGUCAUCAUGCUGAAGGAUAGGAUAUACGCAGUGAGGGAUCCUUACGGAAACAGGCCUCUGUGUUUAGGAAAAAUGCUUGCUUUGCAUGAAUCACUAGCAGGAGAAUGCGACGAGAGCAAGGAAGCAGAAGGAUGGGUGGUCUCCUCCGAAUCUUGUGGUUUCCUAUCCAUAGGAGCUCAAUACGUUCGAGAAGUAUAUCCAGGAGAAAUAAUUGAAAUGACCAGAAACGGAAUCAGAACCAUAGACAUAGUCAGAAGAGCUGAAGGCGUACCUCAAGCCUUCUGCAUCUUCGAGUACGUCUACUUUGCCAGAACGGACAGUAUUUUCGAAGGACAGAUGGUUUAUUCUGUGAGACUACAAUGCGGAAAGCAGCUGGCUAUAGAACACCCUGUAGAAGCGGAUGUGGUUAGUGCAGUACCGGAAUCUGGCAACGCAGCAGCUCAUGGUUUUUCUCGACAGAGCGGCAUAUCAUUUGCUGAAGUACUCUGCAAGAACAGGUAUGUCGGUAGAUCUUUCAUCCAACCAAGCAACAGACUGAGACGACUUUUGGUAGCCAAAAAGUUUGGAGCUUUAGCAAAUAUGGUAAAAGGCAAACGAAUUAUUCUAGUAGACGAUUCUAUAGUCAGAGGAAACACAAUUGGACCCAUUAUCAAACUGUUACGCAAUGCUGGUGCAACUGAGGUACACAUAAGGGUAGCCAGUCCGCCUCUGAAAUAUCCUUGUUACAUGGGAAUUAAUAUACCGACCAGGGAGGAAUUGAUUGCUAAUAAAUUGAACUCAAGGGAAUUAGCUAAACAUGUUGGGGCUGACUCUUUGGAGUACCUCAGCGUUGAAGGAUUAAUUAGAGCUGUCAGAUCAGAUCUUAAGACUAAAAGUACGUCAAAAGUAGGCCACUGCACGGCGUGUCUUACCGGAAUUUAUCCGGAUGGUGAACCCAUUAAAAAUCCAGAAUUAGAUUGGUAAAUUUAUUAUAUUUUAAACUGUGAUUUUAAGUUGUAAUGUUCAGGAAGUGGUCAGCACACAAAACUGCCAUUGGUAAUAAUUAAAUCACCAAGUAAACUAUGAUAUUGUAUAGAGUUUUCUUGGUAUAGGAACUAGGAUAUUUUAUAAUUUAUUUACGAAAAAUUGUGUGACUUAAGAGUACGUGAGAUGUUUCUAUUUUGUAACCUUAUGAUAUUAAAAUAUUUAUUUUUAUGUAUUUAAAUAUUUAUUUUUACAAACGUAAUUUUUUUUUACAAUUACCAUUUAAUAAAACAAAUUAUUUUUGGUA